AUGUCUCGACUUCUCUACGCACUGGGUGCGCUGGCCGUGGGUCAAUCUGCCCUGGCAGCUCCUCAGCUGUCUCCUCGUGCCACUAGCUUGGAUUCCUGGUUGUCUUCCGAGACCACUUUCUCUCUCAAUGGUAUCCUGGCCAACAUUGGCUCCAGCGGUGCCUACUCCAAGAGUGCCGCCAGUGGUGCGGUCAUUGCCAGCCCUAGCACAUCCAACCCUGACUAUUACUACACCUGGACCCGCGACGCUGCGCUUACUCUCAAAGCCCUUGUGGAUAUUUUCCGUAAUGGAAACCUGGGACUCCAGACCGUCAUUGAGCAGUAUGUGAACGCCCAGGCUAAGCUCCAGACGGUUUCCAACCCUUCUGGAGGCCUCUCUGAUGGCGCCGGCCUCGGUGAGCCCAAGUUCAAUGUCGAUUUGAGCGCCUUCACCGGUGCUUGGGGCCGCCCCCAACGCGACGGUCCUGCUCUGCGCGCCAUUGCCUUGAUUGACUUUGGUAACUGGUUGAUCGACAAUGGAUACAAGAGCUAUGCGGUCAACAAUGUGUGGCCCAUUGUUCGCAACGACUUGGCCUACGUUGCUCAGUACUGGAGCCAGUCCGGCUUUGAUCUCUGGGAGGAGGUCAACAGCAUGUCCUUCUUCACCGUGGCGAACCAGCACCGCUCCCUGGUCGAGGGUAGCGCUUUCGCUAGCCGUGUCGGCGCCUCCUGCUCUGGAUGCGACUCGCAGGCUCCUCAGAUUCUCUGCUACAUGCAGUCCUUCUGGACCGGCUCCUAUAUCAACGCCAACACUGGCGGUGGCCGCUCCGGCAAGGACUCCAACACCAUCCUCGCCAGUAUUCACACCUUUGACCCUGCGGCCUCGUGCGACGACGUCACUUUCCAGCCUUGCUCUUCCCGUGCCCUUGCCAACCACAAGGUGUACACCGACUCUUUCCGCUCCGUCUACGCUCUGAACUCCGGAAUUGCCCAGGGCAAGGCCGUAUCUGUCGGCCGCUACCCCGAGGAUUCCUACUACGGCGGCAACCCUUGGUUCCUGUCCAACCUCGCCGCGGCCGAGCAGCUCUACGAUGCCAUCUACCAGUGGAACAAGAUCGGCUCCAUCACCAUUACCAGCACCUCCCUCGCUUUCUUCAAGGAUGUGUACCCCUCCGCUGCGACGGGUACCUACGCCUCUGGCAGCACUACCUUCAAUGCCAUCAUCAGCGCUGUGAAGACUUAUGCCGACGGCUACGUCAGCAUUGUGCAAUCCCACUCCUACGCCAACGGCUCUCUUUCCGAGCAGUUUGACCGCACCACGGGUCUCUCCAUCUCCGCUCGUGACCUCACCUGGUCCUACGCUGCGCUCCUGACUGCCAACGACCGCCGCAACGGUGUCGUCCCUCCCUCGUGGGGCGCUAGCUCUGCCAACAGCAUUCCCGGCUCGUGCUCCAUGGGCUCUGCCACUGGUUCGUACGCCACUCCUUCUGUUGGCUCCUGGCCCGCUACUUUGACCAGCGGCACCGCUGCUCCUUCGUCUACGUCGACCACCACGAAGGCCCCCACCACCACCACCGCCACCACCACCACUUCUGCCGGCUCUUGCACCACCCCCACCGCCGUCGCUGUGACCUUCGAUGAGAUUGCCACCACCACCUUUGGUGAGAAUGUCUACCUGGUCGGUUCUAUUUCUCAGCUCGGUAACUGGAACACCGCCAACGGUAUUCCCCUGAGCGCUAGCAAGUACACUUCGAGCAACCCUCUGUGGUACGCCACGGUCAACUUGCCGGCGGGUACCACCUUCCAGUACAAGUACUUCCGCAAGGAGAGCGACGGUUCCAUCAAGUGGGAGAGCGACCCUAACCGCUCCUACACCGUCCCUGCCAAGUGCGGUACCACUACUGCUACCGAGAACGACACCUGGCGCUAA